UCGUUGCUGUCGUUCGUUGGUGGUGUUAUUGCUCUCUACAAUUUUCUUGUUCUUGUUCUUGUGGAUUUUAAUGAUACACUCGAAUGAAAUCAACGAAAUCUUUACGGUCCAUUUAAAAUUCAAUAUGUAUUAGUGAAAAAUAGUGCGAAUGUGUUGGAAAUUGGCUUAGGGUCCACAGCCGAAUAUUUAAUAGGCAAACCUGGCAACGAUGCCGUCGACGCACCUGAACCUUCGCGAGGAUGACGUGGUGCGUCUGGCGCUGGAGUUCCUCCACAACCGGGACCUGCACAUCACGCAGCUGUCGCUCGAGCGCGAGACCGGCGUCAUCAACGGCAGCUUCGCCGACGACGUACUCUUCCUCCGUCAACUCAUCCUCGACGGCCAGUGGGACGACGUGCUCGAGUUCAUACAACCCCUCUCCGCCCUCAAAGCCUUCGAAACAGACAAGUUUAAUUAUGCCAUCCUCCGACACAAGUAUAUUGAACUUCUCUGCAUCAGAUCCGAAAUCAAAGCGUACAAUAACGUGGAGAACAUUGUUGAUGAAGUCGUCAAAGUGCUCAGCGAUCUCGAGAAGCUCGCGCCGUCUAAAGAGGAGUAUUCCAACUUGUGUCUGUUACUGACGCUGCCGAGCAUCACGGACCACGUGCAGUUCAAGAAGUGGAACCCGAGCAACGCGCGCGUGCAGUGCUUCCGCGAGGUGUACCCGCUGGUGGAGGCCUUCCUGCCGUGCGACAAGAAGAGCGGCGGUGUCGUGGCCAAGAGCGCCAAGAACGACCGCCUCAUGCAGCUGCUCAUCAAGGGCAUCCUGUACGAGUCAUGCGUGAAUUAUUGCCAGGCGAAGGCGACCGGGUCGAAGGAGGCCCAGACGAAUGAAGUGAACUUCUCGCGGCUGCUCGACGGCUCCGGGUUCGACGAGUCGGACCUGAGCCUGCUGUCGUGGCUGCAGUCCAUCCCGGCCGAGACGUUCAGCGUGCCCUUCGAGCAGCGCAUGCUGAACGUGGACGUGGAGAAGCUGGAGCGGCCGUCACUGCACACGUCGUGGACGGAACACAUGCUGGUGACGCCCAUCAAGCCGCGCACCUUCCCGCACCUGGCCAUGCCGUUCCGCCGCCCGCGCUCGGCCGCCGACGCCAUGACGCGCUCGCUGCGCCCGCUGCCCGACGGCGCGCCGCGCCUGCCCGCUGUCAUGGCCAUGUCCGCCGUCGACUACAACUCGUCGUCGUGCUUCGGCGCCUUCCACCUCACCGGCAUCAAGGGCAACAAGCUGAUGAACACGUCCGUGGACCGGCUGUUCGACAACAAGAACGGGGAGAGCGUGUUCCACGGGUUCAAUGAAACGCUGAAGCCGAUAGAUGAGCAGCUGAAGCCGAUCGGGGAGUCGAAGACGAACGAGAGCAGCGUGGGUGCUUCCACGGCCACCACGCCCGAGCACCGGCAGGACUUCUCGUCGGCGUCCAUCUCGACGGCGGCGGCGUCCACCGAGCGCUCGUCGCUGGCGGAGCCCCCCGCCCCCGGCGCCCCCGCCCCCGCCCCCGCCGGGCCCGACGGGGACUUCCGCCGCGAGCUGCUCAAGGAGUACCAGAUACAGAAGCAGCGCGAGUGCGACGACUAUCUCCGGAACCUCUACUCGUCCGACAUGAAGCAGCAAAAUGCCCUAGAGCAAAGUGGAAACAUAUCCCCUGGUAUGCUGUCAAACAUGAAGAACACAUCAAUCAACCCUGCGGAGCCGAACGACCAGCUCUUCAUGAGGAAAAAUGAAAUGGACGGCAACAUAGAAAAUAUCAACGCCAUGAACGGCCAGAGCAGGAACGGCAGCCACCCCAGCGUCCUCACAGCCGGUCCGGUGACCAGCGACGUGAACGGAUCACGUCCCACCUUCAAGCCAGUGACGGUCUUAGAGGAUCUCCAGGCGGUCAGAUGCGCCGAGUUCCAUCCCAACGGGAAGCUUUAUGCUGUCGGGUCAAAUACGAAGACACUGAGGAUAUGCACGUAUCCGAAGAUUGAGAAUGUCAAAGCAAACAGCGAGUCCACGGCCCCCACAGUCCUCCUGAAACGCACAAAGCACCACAAGGGCAGCAUAUACUGCCUGGCUUGGAGCCCGGCCGGUGACCUCCUCGCCACUGGCUCCAAUGACAAGACCGUCAAGCUGAUGAGGUUCAACAGCCAUGCUUGCAAUCUGGAGGGACAGGAGGUGGAGCUCGCCAUGCACGACGGCACAGUCCGAGACGUGUGCUUCAUCGAGGACACGUCCAACAAGGCGAGCCUGCUGGUCAGCGGCGGCGCCGGCGACUGCAAGAUCUACGUCACUGACUGCGCCACCGGCAACACAUUCCAGGCGCUCAGCGGUCACUCGGGCCACGUGCUCUCCCUCUACAACUGGGGCGGCGCCAUGUUCGUGAGCGGCGGGCAGGACAAGACGGUCCGCUUCUGGGACCUGCGCACCGGCGGCUGCGUCAACACCAUCUCGCCUGGCAACCUGCCCUCUAAUAAGGGCUCCGCAGUAGCCUCCCUCGCUGUAGACCCGAGCGGCCGGCUGCUGGUCUGCGGUCACGACGACGGCUCGUGCGCUCUACACGACGUGAGGGGUUCCCGGGCCUUACAGCGGUUCACUCCACACUCGGGAGAUGUGAGGAGCGUGCGGUUCUCGCCCGGAGCGUAUUACUUGCUCACGGCGGGAUAUGAUGGUCGUGUUGUGCUUACUGAUCUGCAAGGUGACCUCACAUGCGCCCUGCCCAGCGUGCCGGUCGCGCGACACCCGGACAAGGUGAUAUCAGCUCGCUGGCACCCAGACGACUUCUCCUUCCUGUCUACAUCAGCCGAUAAAACCGCCGUGCUGUGGACCAUCCCGCCUGUCUAAACUGCAUCCGCUGCACGGCACCGCUAUCCAUGUAGAUAAAUUUCGGUUCGCGAGAAUUUGCUGGGUUUAUCUACGUCGAUAAAGAUGCCGUGAAACCCGGUCUGGUGGGUUAGUCUGUCUAUACAAAAAACGAACGCAGGAAAGCUGUCAUGCAUAACGUUUAAUGCAAGCUAAAGUGUUUUUUGUGAGCUAGACCGACCCACCUGGUUAUAUUGUGGGGCAGUCCCCAGUAUCAAAUGUAUCAUUCAUCUGCUCACAGUGAAUCCAAUUUUAGCCACAGACUAAUAAUAUUCUCAGAUGGUUUGAGUCAACGAGUGAGUAAAGUUGGCUUCACUAUACCGGUGCGUAGAUUUUUAACAGUCACAAUGUUGUAUUUUGUUGAGCAGAUGGAGCGGUAGGUUUUGAUGUUGCCAACAGGGAAUGUGUAUGCUCUGUACGUUUCUGCACUAUGCUUCUGACAUACUGUCAGUGUCAAUAUCAAGUAUGGCAAGUUGCAGAUAUCGCUGUUUGGAAUGAAACGCACAAAUACGCGCAAACCCAUAGCAGCUUUUAAAAAGCGAACAGAGUGUGAGAUACUUACAUAGAUGUAGCGAGUAGCCUAACAAAAAGAUUCAUUAUUCUGUAUCAUAUUGAAUUUAAUAUGAAGACAAGAUUGUCUAACGGUGAUAGUGUAAAUGAGAUAAAUUACUUAUGGUGCGUUGUACUAAGCCUGUUUCACGAUGUCUAGAUAAGAAUCUGUGUAAUAAAAUUCGUACAACCUGUGGGCACUGUCUUUUACAUGUUUUGAGAGAGUCAGCGUUAAUUUUAUAUUUCAGGGUAACCUUUCCAGACAUUGUGAAACAGGCGUUUAAAUAUUAUGAACAAAAUUUUAAGAUUCUUGUGCGACUGAUGAUAAUGAGUGAAAUUAAUUAUGAAAAAAAAGAAAUUCUAAUUGAUGUUGAUUGAUUCAUGUUGGAUUUUAAUGUCCUGUCAAAAGACAUUUUAUCUCUAAUAAAAUAAUAAACUUCUAUCCAUCUUAAGCUUAUUUUAAUCGAGCGAGAGCUUUAAAAGAAGGCUUUUUAAAAUAAAAAUAAUAAAAUUUAGGUAAAUAAAUCAUACUCUUCUAUGUCACAAGGUUUUUAAUUUAUUUUAUAGAAAUCAAUUAACUGAUCUUACUGUGAAUGUCAGCGGUGUCUAGUUGUACUUUAUUAUUUAUUUAAUUCAAUUAAUUAUUAUGAUCUUAUAACAAUACUGAUAAACUUAAUGUCAAUAAAUGUAUCUGGGUAUGAGGCCCCAUUUGUGCGUUGCCCUGUGUUGCGUCGCGUCGUCCCCAACGGAACUGUCAUAUAAAAAAAUAUAUUUGUUCUUUUAUGACGACGAACGCAACACAGAGCAGUUACCAAUGGGGCCUCACUCUUAGACCUUAGUGUUUGUUGUCGAUGUUUUAUUGUUGUCAUUAUGCUUGUAGCUUGCCUCCGUUAGAUGUCCAUGGCACGGGGGAACAAACAUAAUUGUAUUAAAUAUUAUUAUAACGAACAAUCUAUAAGAUUAUAAAUGUUACUUAAAUUAUUGUACUAUUAACUAACUACUUAUGUAUGUAUUAUGAAGUGAUAAUUAUGGCAAGAUUAUUGCACAAAACGAACGUCGUAAAUAAGCUCGAAUAUAAAGCAUGAAAGUGAAAUAACAAUAACGAAAUAUUACUUACAUUAAGUAUUAUGGAAUCAGUGUAUUGCGAUUUACGCAAUCUUUCAUGUUAACACGUUGAUACGUAAAAAAAAGACAUAUUUUGUGUUUUUGCCCUGGUGUCUGGGUUUGUAAUUUGUCUAGUGAACAAGUUUCUUUAUGUCCAGGAAUCGUAAUUAAUUAACAAAAUAUUAAAACGUUACUAUAUAUUUUAUUGAUAAAGUUAUGGAGGUAAAUUGAAAAUGUUGUAUUUAAGCAUAAUAAAGAGAUUAUUUCACUUCGUAAAGUAAAUAUAAGCCGGAUAUAUUUUUCGCCUUCCAACCGUAGCAAAUUAGUAUGUCACUCAAAUAUACUACGGCACUGUUAUCAAACGUUUUUUUUUAAAUUAAAUCUAUGUAUUCUGUAACAAUAAGAAUAUAACCUUUGUAUUUACAUAAAA